AUGAAUGCUCAGUUCAUUGAAACAGUUCUCUUGGAUUUUGAAGUUUACCCAGCCACAGAAACAAAUUUAAAUCCUAGAAAAAUGCAGGAAGCCUUUAUGAUGUCAGUAGCUGAAGAUGUCAGUAACUAUCUGAUUUAUGUCAGCCCUUUUACAGAUGACAGCAAAUCAGUAGUAAAAGGCGCAGAGGUACAGCAGAAUAGGUUCAGAGUUGAAUCUUAUCAGUUUGAAUCAGGAAUUUCAGAUGAUCCAGAAAACAAUAAUACCUUCAGGUACAGUUGUUCAAGUUUCACUAAGGCUAAUUUUGGCCUUGCAGUGGCCAGUUACCUUCACCACAAAAUAUGUCUCAUUGCUAUGUCUCAAAUAGGAAGAAUGUCAGCAGAGUGCAAAUUUGAAAAAGUUAUCACGAAGGCUUAUAAGGGGAGUGAAAAUAUGGAGGCUGACAUCAUAGGUGUGGCUGAUAAACAGAACUGGGAACUUUCCAUGGUUAAAUUGAUUUUAGACAGGCGUGAGCAGGGAGGCUCUGUCCCUAUUGCUGACGCUGGAGGUGGACAUGGGAACGCAAGGGGAAGGUUAGGGGCAAGGAGGAGUGAAGAGGAGGAGGAGGAGGAAGAAGAGGAAGAGGAGGAGGAGGAAGAGGAUGUCACCAAUGGAACUCAUGCCCCUUAUGCUCUCCACCAUAACCUGCUGGCAUCCACUCGUGCCCAGGAGGCCAGGGAGGGCGUCUCAGGUGUCCCACAAAGCCUCUCCUUCCCACAGUACCUUGGUCAGCCAGGUGACAGGGAGGCACACUCCAAUGGUGUCACAAACCCCAUUUAUGGGCGUAUUGGUGACCUACGGUUCCAGACAGGGUCGUGGGGGUCUCAUGAGCCCACACCUGGCAUAGAACAGCCACCAGAUCAGAUUGGCUCCCUCUUGGGUGUGACGGGGCUCCUUGACAACAGUCCUACCAUUCCUCUCAUGCACUUGGACCCCAUGAAUGAAGAGCGGCCACAGUCUCAGCCCCCAGAGGAGCACCACUGGGCUUCCCUUGCCUCUAACCAUCCAUUGCAUCAGCAGACUACUGAUCUCCUGAACAACCAGGUCCCCCCAGGAACACGUGCCAAUAAUUAUUGGGACAAUUUCCGAAGCUAUUCUCGCCAGAAUCUCCUCUCUACAGCCACCAAAAGCAACACUAGUGAACAUCCUGUAUCUACUGCUUGUGUUGCUGGGACCACAACUACAGGUGCUCUCACCCAUCAACAGUCUGGAGAUAAUAGCAGGAUGGAAGACAAGAGGUUUAAUGUAGCCGUUGGCCACAAUAACAACACAGGCAGCAACAGCGGACCACGAGCUAGGAUGAGCAACCCUCGCAUCAACAAUUCCAGAGGUGCAAAUCCACGGGUCAGAAACCCUGUCUCUUCAAACAGACAACACAUCCAUGGACAAAAUAAGCACAAGACAAAUAACCGUAACAAGCAAGGGGGAUGGUGGUCACAUGAGACCAACAUCCCAAGACUAUCUGGAUCCUCAGCAGCAAGAGAGCAAGCCUCUGUCAACUACAACUCCUCACGUGGCAAUGGAAGUGACAGCGAUGGAGCUGGAGCUGUAGCAGUUGAGGUUCUGAGGGAAGCAGAAGCACUAAUGCGAAAGCACGCCAAUCACCCAGAGUUCCUUCUACAGUUGUUCCGUCAUGCAUCACAGAUCACAGUCAACACAGACCAGCAUGUGGCUGUUGCACUGUUGCAAGAUCUGGCAACACAGCCUCAUGGAUCAAACCAUGGGAUGAAUAGCAGUAACAGGGGAAUCAAUAAUGAGAACAGUAACUUCUCACUGCCUGCUCCCCUGCGCGACUCCUCUUGGCGAAGCCACUCGACUUCACAGGCAGAUCGGCAUAACAUACUCCCACAGGAAAACAUAAGUGCAGCAGGCCUGUCAGGGUCAGAAGUCAGUGAUAGUGGACUCACUUCUGAAGAUGAAGACAGCAGGGCAUUGUACCGAAACGUGAAGAACCUUAGCCUGAGCCCCGGGGGACGUCCAGGGGCCACAGGAGCAAUUCCUCGCACCACCCCAGACAUCAACACCAGCCACCCUCGCCCCCCAGCCCCCCAGCCACACCGCUACCAGCAAGGGGGUGUAGUCUCUCAGCCCCACCUGCAAUACCCACCCCAAGCCUCGCAGCAUAAUUACCCCUAUUUCCAGCAACAGCAUAACCUCUCCAGCAAUCGGGAGAGCAGUCGAGGGACAGCACACUCCGAGAGCACCCUGUAUGACCACCUUCCCUACAGUGACUCCCAAAUGAGCAGCUCGCACCCCCAAGAGGUGGAGGAGGAAUGGCUGAGACAUGCCCUGGAGAGUGAAGAAGUGGAACAGAAAAGCCAGAAGCCGCUGGACACAGCCGGCUCUUCCCCAGAACACCCCCAUCAUGCCAUACAUACACUGAGCAAUGACACUGAGUACUUGACGUUCGAGACUCUUGUGUCGUCUGCAGUCAAGGCAAGUGUCGAGGUCCUGCAGAGUCAUGUGGGGGGAGCUAUGACUCCGGGUGGGUCUGUGUCUCCACUGCUUCUCACAACGCUCCACCACACUCUCAUUGCACAGAUCCAGAAUCAAGCUCAGUCCCUCCAGCUGCCACAAAGCUUCCUUUUCUCUGUGUACAAUGAACUUAAGGAGGCUCUGCAGGUCUUCUCUGGAAAACAACUGAGAGAAGUGAGCAAUGAAGUUCCUUCAGUGAUAUCACAAGUGUUGUUAACUCAGUACUGCAGUGUUCUUGUGCAGCGCCUUAGGGAUAACCACCCUGUCCUCCCAGAGACCCCCACUAAACUGCCACAAAAUAAACAGGUUCUGAAGAAUGAAUCAUCAAGUGAAACCACAACACCUGUGAACGCGAGUCGUCACUCCCAGGAGAACACAACAGCCACCCAGACAGAACCAAAUGUAUUUUCCUUGACUUCCCACCAGCAUACAGUGCUGACACAUACCUCAGACACUGCCCAUGGACCCAGUCAUUAUGCACCACCACACACUUUCAGCAUGAGUCUGGCUACAGGAGGGAUGUCAUCAAACAAGCAGCACUCCUUAGUUUCCUCCUCCCAGCCUGUGGCCACCACCACAGCCAGUCUGCCUGGCCAUGCCUCGCUUCCACACCCUCCACAAAUCACAGCCUCGCACUUCCAGCCGUCUUCUACAUCGGGAAGUGGCCAGUGGCAGCUCCCAAUGGCAAAUGCAUCUCCAGGAGGGGCCUCCAGUACCCUGGAGGCUGCUAGCGAGAGUCAUGCCAGUGCUAUGCCCACCUCACAGCCUGAGUCAUGGGCAGCCAGUGGCAGCAAGCCACACUUGGCAGAAGCAUCUUCCAGUGUGUCACAGCAAGAGACUGCUUCUUCAAGCAGUGCCAGCCAGAUGAACAGCAGCGGUCAGCAGGAGUGGGCAGAGCCAGAGCAUGAAGAGGCUGUCAUGGAUGACCUAUCUGAGCCGGUUCUCCCUGUGCAUGACCUUGCCGAAGCAGACCAAUCACAAGAUGCAGGUGAUGCUGCUGAGGGUGACUGGGAAGACUCACAAGCAGAAGGGAUUCAGGCAGACAGUGCAAGUGGCACAGCCGAUUCAAGCCCAGAACAGCCAAUACGCUUACAGCCAAGGGAGAAGGCAUCGCAGCAGGCAGAGGCAGAAGGCAUGACAGAGUGUGAGGCAGAUGAAGCAGAAGGAACAGUCAUAGGGGCUGUGGCACACAUGGGCUAUAGUGCUCAUCAUGGUCAGGGAGCUACUAGGGAGUUAGGACUUGAUGAAGUCCCUACAAAACUCCAAAGUCCUGAUGGUGGCUCUCCCAGUGGUUCUCCUGAACACCAUGCAGGUGGGGCACAAGGGGGGCAUACCACAGCACACCAGAGUUUGCUCCACACAACUCCCCCACAGUCACAGAAUUCUCAUGCCAAAAGUUCAUCUCAUGCUAUGCAGCCACCUCAUUCACCAGGAGGGAGUGAGGGCUGACCUCUGCACCUCCCAAAGUGCUCCUCCAUGAAAUGUACCAUGAGGAGGAAGAGGAACAGGGAUGCCAAGCUGAUGGAGCUGAAGAGGAGGGAAGGGAUGAAGGCAGGGAAUGAGAUCAUUCAACCCAACGCAGUUCCAGAAACCGACGAUUCAAGUGAUGAGGACACAAGAGCUAAUCAGGCUUGUGUGUUGUCUAGUCCAGUGGUUAUGUUAGGGUCAUGCAUUGUAAGUCUGGUCACAGUCCUCUUCUGCAAGAUGCGUGUUUAUCACACCAAGUGACCAUAGUUCCUCCGCUCCUGUUUUAGCCUCUGAGGCCAUUCUUUUAAGGUGAUUGUGUUAGUGCUGUGCAAAGUACAGUUGGAGUAGUCAUCUGAUACAUAACCAAAUAUACCAUAUCAUACUUCAUAUAAGAUGACCGUUAUAUGCUGUAGAACUAACUAUUACUUUCUUUUGUGGGCAUGCAUUGUCUGUAGAUCUUACUUUAACUAUUCUGAAGACCAUCAUUUAAAGCAUACAAGCUCAAGAAAAUUAUUUCCUUUAUUAUGAGCUUUUUUUUUAUUCUAUUUCCUUUCUUGGCAUGAAGACAUUAUUUUGCAUUCACUCAUUUGAAAGGGUUUAGGGUCACACACGUCUAUGGGUAGAUUACAAGGGUUAGGUCUGUCAUUCAUAAUAUACCAAAUUAGUAAACCAUCUACAAGUCUGGGUAAAAUGUAACACAGGAUACAUGGGUGUGUUCUCUUUGCUAGUAAGUAGUGUUGUUCAUUCAUAUGGUUCAAAUGCCAGAUUUGUCAUUUUACACUACUUAAUGUAAACCAUCAACAUAGUAAAUUUAAGCAGGUAUUUUUUAUAACUUUUUAUUUACAAGAUCCUGAUAAUCAAAAAGUUGACAUUCUUUGUGCUACUAGUGAAACAUACAGACACACACACACACACACACACACACACACACACACACACACACACACACACACACAUACACAUACACACACACAUAUACACACACACAUAUACACACACACAUAUACACACACACAUAUACACACACACAUACACACACACACACACACACACACACACACACACACACACACACACACACACACACACACACACACACACACACACACACAC